AUGUCGAAUCCUGCCACAUUCCUUGGCUUCAUGGCCACGACCGCAGCCCACCGGGCCGUCUUCUAUGGCAGACAUGAAGACCUUGCACCUGCUAAUGCCAAUGCCAAUGCGAACCACGAUGACCGCAUCCUCGACCCAGACUACAUCAGAGUGAAAAAUGAAGCAAUGGUGGCCGUUCGUCGGACGUUCGAGCAGCGUGCGGAUGUAGAUUACCAGAUGGUCGAGGCCUGCUUUGGGCUGAUUUCGGCCGCUACAGUCGUGGGCAAUUUUGCAGAGGCUCGAAUACAUCUAAACAUUCUCGAGCGUGUAACUUCACAGAUGAACUUGCCUGAGGAGACGAUGAUGUGGUUACCGCUGUCAAAUGUCAAGGUCUCGGUUGGACUACUUGUGCGCCCUGUCCUUCCGCUACUGCUCACGCGCGAACCUUUACCUGAAGAGAUUCUAUCCCGUGCUGAUCAGCAUCUUCCCGCUGAGAUGACUCGCAUGGGACAGAACUUCAGGGAGCUGCAAAAUAUUAGCCGGCCCUUGAAACUACUCUUCACUGUAUCCAGUGACAUAUGCCGUCUUUGCGAAAUGCAUACCACACCUCGUGGACGCCCGUCACCUGCAGAAACCCUGAGCUUGCGGCGGAGAGCAACUGAGCUAGAAUAUGAUCUGCUGGCGUAUCCCUAUGAAACAGAGAUUUUCUCCCGCAACAGCGACAACGAGCCAGAAAUACCAGCGUUAGAAGGUGUCGUCCGCCUCGCAGGCCUGGGAAUGCUGUCCGUUGCUCCUCACACAAUCCUCGCGGCCAGCGGGAUCGGGAGGGCUCUGACUCACCAUCAGAAAAAGGUGUUUGAAAAAUGGAUGCGCGAAAAACGGUCUCAGGACGCGGACGAGGCGAUGGUCAUCUGUUGGGCUCUCUUCGUCUUUGUCCAAAACGCCCUGAAGCAGCCGGAACAGAUGUUCUUCACAGACUCGCUGGCGCAGGUCGCCCAGAAGCUGGGACUGUCGACCUGGGAGGAGGUCGAGCAGGUCAUGUUCGGACUGCUGUACAUGCCAUGGCUGCAGUCGUCGAUCUGGCAAGGCAUCUGGGCCGAUGCUUGUAGGGUCAACGACUCGACUCGUCUACAUCAACACGGGAUCCAAUAA